GUCCCCCCCCCCCGCUGCUCCCCUCCUCUCUCUCUCUGCUCGGAGUGAAAACUGAGAGAGUGAGGACAGAGCCUGGAAGGAGGAAGCUGGAUGUAUUAGUCAGAUUGUUACUUUGAGAUACUUUUGUUCUUCUUUCUCUCCGCCUGCUCUCAUUGAACCGCUCCUAUGUGUUGUUACCCUGUGCGGGGUUUACGUGCUGGGAAAACGUCGUAAACAUUCAACUCGAGAGUUCAACGUUCACAGUUAGUACGACCCGACAAAAGUUAGCCUGCUCCGGCUAACUUAGCCUGGCUCUUCAACAAGAAAGGACAAAAAAACACAGCUAGUGGAGGAGCAGCCGAGGCUCCUCGUAAUGUGGCCUCUCGGGAUUAACUUUAGAUACGGAUGAAAACGAGUUCGGAAACUAGGGAACAUCGAGAACGACCGAGAGCAGCCAGACGACCGCUGCCAUGUCGGGGGUGAUUCACGGCUCCGGCAGCCCGCCUGAGUCCCGGGUCCGGCCACACUCGGUGCUGUGGAGGCUCGGGGGCUUCUUCUUCCUCCUGCUGCUGGAGGGAGCAGGCUGCCUGGCCAGCCCGAGCAGCCCCUCAGGCGUCAACAACAACAACCAGCCCAGUGUCAACAUCUACAUGAGUGUGGAGGAGGUGAAGAAGCUUCUGGGCCUGGAUGCUGAACUCUUCUACGUGCGGGACAAUGUGGUGAAUCAUUACGCUCUCUCCUUCACCCUGCCGGUGCCCAGCGAGACCAACAGCCUUCACUUCACAUGGCAUUCCAAGACAAAGGUUGACUACCGGCUUGGCUUCCACAUAGAGAAUCCUAUUGCCAUGAACCAACCGCGGACCAACAUCUCCAUCCAGGGGGAGGUGCCCCGUGUCCCCUCUGUGUUCAGAGUGGACCUCUUCUGUUCCGGCAAGGUGGAUGGAGAGGCCGUCGUAACAGUGCAGCUCAAUCUGACCAUACAUGCUAACAACUACACAGUGCUCAACUUCAAGAGGAGGAAAAUGUGCUACAAAAGUAAGCAUCAAUCAGGAAUAGAGUCAGACCCCAAGAUGGCCAUUCCCCCCAACAGUACCACUUUUCCACGUCCCGACUACGGCGUGACUGCCCCCACCACCUCCACCCAGGUGUUCUAUAUCAGUGUGAGCGUCUGCUGCAUUGUUAUCUUCCUGGUGGCCAUCAUCCUGGCCAUCUUGCACCUGCACAGCAUGAAGAGAGUGGAGAUGGAGGACAGUGUGAGUGACAGUGGAAGCUCACAGGGCCUGUCUCAGCCAUCCACCCAGACCACACAGUACCUGAGGGCGGACACCCCAAACAACGCAGCCCCUGUCACCAACAAUCACCCUGGUUCUGCACCCAUCCUCCAGCUUGCUGCCUCCUCCUUCCAAAACCCCGGUGCUCCCCCUCAUGAAACCAAAAGUUAUCCAUCUCUGCGUAUAGAGAAGAAUGACCUGAGGAGUGUUACGCUCAUGGAGGCUAAAGCCAAAGUGAAAGACAUUGCCAUCUCAAGGGAGAGAGUCACUCUACGAGACGUCUUACAUGAAGGCACCUUUGGACGCAUCUUCCACGGCAUACUGCUGGAUGAGAAGGACCCCAGUAAAGAGAAGCAGGUCUUUGUGAAGACCGUGAAAGAUCAUGCGUCUGAGGUGCAGGUGACCAUGAUGUUGACUGAAAGCUGCAAGCUACGUGGACUUCAUCAUCGAAACCUGCUGCCCAUCAGUCAUGUGUGCACAGAAGAGGGAGAGAAGCCCAUGGUGCUAUUGCCAUUCAUGGCCUGGGGGAACCUCAAGCUGUUCCUGCGACAGUGCAAGCUUGCUGAGGCUAACAACCCACAGGCGAUCUCUCAGCAGGACUUGGUUUAUAUGGCCAUCCAGAUUGCAUGUGGAAUGAGCUACCUGGCUCGCAGGGAGGUCAUACACAAAGACCUUGCUGCCAGGAACUGCGUCAUUGACGACAACAUGCAAGUGAAGAUCACAGAUAACGCCCUGUCCAGGGACUUAUUUCCUAUGGAUUACCACUGUCUGGGGGAUAAUGAGAAUCGACCCGUCCGCUGGAUGGCUCUGGAAAGCUUGCUUAACAACGACUUCUCCAGUGCCAGUGACGUGUGGGCCUUCGGAGUGACGCUGUGGGAGCUGAUGACUCUGGGUCAGACUCCUUACGUCGACAUCGACCCCUUUGAGAUGUCAGCAUACCUGAAGGAUGGGUACCGAAUAGCACAGCCAAUCAACUGUCCAGAUGAACUGUUUGCAGUGAUGGCGUGUUGCUGGGCCCUGGACCCGGAGGAAAGGCCCAAGUUCCAGCAGCUUGUUCAGUGUCUCACAGAGUUCCACGCAGCGUUGGGCGCUUACGUCUGAAAACUCACGAACUUUUUCAAGAACAGCGUUACUCUGAAGGCUGACGGACACUAUUCAUGAGGAAUAAGCGAAUGAAAAUGUGCCUUAUCUGAUGAGAGAGCAGACUUAAGCUGAUGAUUUUAUUUUGUACAGUACUUUUUGAGUUUUUAUAUAGUUGAAUUACCUUUUUACAGCAUAGCAGUGUAAAAGGAUUCCUUGUUGAAUAUUGUUUCUUAUGCUUUGAAAGCGUCUAGACAGUGCUCUUCUUUUGCCGAGAGGACAGAAAUGGUGGAAAGAAGUCCUCGCCUGUAUGGCACACCAGCAUUUACGGAUAUUUAUGUGCCAUCUGUCAAAGUCAACCCUCUGAGAACUUAGUGUUACAGACAGUAUUUUCUACAGUUUAAAACUUAGAGACAGUGUAAAUGGUAGGUGUGUCUGGACUCUGCAGCAGAAUGAUUUAGGUACCAAACUGUGGAUGUUACCGGACUCCCAACACAACGUUAGUUCACUCUGUUACAGUCAGCUCAAGCUUGGUACGACGAGGCCUUGUGGAAAUCAGAUUCAUUCAGAUGAUCCCUGAGACCUUUAUGACCGGUACACUGUUUUUUAAACACAGUGCCAUGGUUCAGUGUUUCUUCUCUCUGUGGACCGGACGCUUGGACUCCACAGCUUGAACAAAAUCAGCAACGCAAAGCUUCAUAUUCCAGAGUGAAUUUUAUACACUUUGAUUUUUUUGAAGGCCAACUCCUUCAUUCUUUUUUUAUACUUUUUUUUGUAUUCACUAUCACAACCUACAGACUGAAUGAUCAUUAUGUUUUCAUUUCAUAAGCUUGAUUGUUCUGCGUCAGAACACAGCCCUUCACAGGAUUCCUGGACUGAUUUCUGUGAGUAACCAGAUCACUCUCUGUGAACACACAGAAAGCUUCCCACCGGCUCAGUCUAAUCUUAUUCUCUCACCUUUAACAUCUUCUUGAUGUCUUUAUGGUCACUGCAUGUUGAAUUAAGGUUGUAAAGUGCUUCCCCAAUUCAUAUCCACAAAUUAAAUGGGAUCUUUUCAAUA